GACAGUCGAACGAGCAGCUGAACGAAGCACGAAAGGAAAAACGAGAGCGAAAUAGUUUUGCUCGUGUUUGUGUCUGUGUGUGAGUGUGUUGAGCUUGGUGCCUUGUAUGUGAUAUUGAGUGAAUCGAAAAAACAAGGAAAAAUCGAGGCCAUUUUGUAAAGUCAGCUGUUUUCUUCAAAAGCCUUACGAAACAGUCGCAAAUGCUAGCCAAAUCGUUCCCAUAUACACACGUGUGUGUGCCGGUUUAGCCGUUGAGUCAGCACAGGAGCGUCGAUCGAUAUUUCAGUUGCCAUACGAUUGGUGUGCUUAUGAUGACAAGUGAAACUGGCGAUAAAGUGAUGUCAGAAAUUUGUUGACAUUGUGCAAUUGUGAUAGUUUAAGGAAACACGUCUGCUUUUGUGACAUCGAAAAGGAAAAAGUGAGAGUGAAAGAAUCGAAUAAAACCCACACACCACAUUGAGGCGACGACGCCGGAUGGCUAUCGUCUGUUUUUGUUUUGUAAAAAACCGGGCAAAAAGAAGCUAAGAAGAAAUAGAAAAAAAAAAGGGAGGGAGUGAGAGCCAUUUUUAGGUUGGACAGACUUCAACAGGAGCAGUCAACCAGGUGAUGGCUCGAUGAAAUGGCUUUCGACUACGUAGGUGCAUACGGCAGAUCAUCGUCUUCGCCCACAGACGACGAACUGGAUUACCAUUAUGGUCUCAGUCUGGAGGAAUGGGCACGUGAUAAGCCACUCAGCAUCCUCCAGCUCGAUCCGGCCGAUCGGGCAGUACUUCGCAUCGCAGAUGAACGUGAUGCCAUCCAGAAAAAGACGUUCACCAAAUGGGUCAACAAACACCUCAGAAAGAUCGGACGUCGUGUCGACGACCUCUUCGAAGACCUGCGCGAUGGACACAAUCUCGUCUCGCUCCUGGAAGUCCUCUCCGGCGAUCACCUGCCGCGCGAAAGAGGUCAAAUGCGAUUCCACAUGUUGCAGAACGUCCAGACGUCGCUCGAUUAUCUGCGCUAUCGCAAGAUCAAGUUGGUCAACAUCCGCGCCGAAGAUAUCGUCGAUAGCAACCCGAAGCUGACCCUCGGUCUGAUAUGGACCAUCAUUCUCCAUUUCCAGAUAUCGGACAUCAUGGUGGGACAGGACGAAUCGCUGACGGCCCGCGAAGCCCUCUUGCGAUGGGCCCAGCGCACCACGGCCAAGUACCCCGGUGUCCGCGUCAAGGAUUUCACCUCAUCGUGGAAAGACGGCCUGGCUUUCAACGCUAUUAUCCACCGCAACAGACCUGAUUUAGUGGAUUGGCGCUCCUUGAAAAAUCGCGGUAUCCGCGACCGACUCGAAUCCGCCUUCAAUGUUGUCGAGCGCGAAUACGGCGUGACACGACUUCUCGAUCCCGAAGAUGUCGAUACCCCCGAACCGGACGAGAAAUCGCUGAUUACGUACAUUUCGUCGCUCUACGACGUGUUCCCCAACCCACCGGCCUUACACCCACUCUACGAUCCGGAGACGCAGCGGAAAUACAGCGAGUACCGCGAACUGUCGAGCUCGUUGCAUGUUUGGAUCCGCGAGAGCACGCUAUUGAUGCAAGACCGCACUUUCCCCAACACGCUCAUCGAGGUCAAGAAGCUGGCCCUGGAGUCGAACCGAUUCCGGACGGAUGAAGUGCCGCCACGCCUUAGAGAGAAGCAGCACAUCACCCGACUCUACAAGGACAUUGAGAAAUUUCUAGAAGAGACGGAAGAGAAACUGGAACCCGAGUUGCGGCCCGACGUUCUCGAACGCAACUGGAACCAGCUGUUAGCCCUGCACCAGGAACGCGAUGCCGCCAUCCACAAGGAGAUGGAACGACUGGAGCGGCUUCAGCGAAUCGCUGAGAAGGUGCACCGCGAAGCCAAACAAUCGGACGCCCGGCUGGACGAUAUCGAAGCUCGAAUCGACGAGGAAGCCAAACGGCUGGAUCGGCUCCACCCGCGCGACGCCAUGCACAAUUGCGAGGCUCUCAACGCCGAGCUGGCCGCCGUCGAGGAGGCCAUCAAGAUUAUGUUCACCGACGUCCAAGCGUUAAAAGAUGGCCGCUACAAUCAAACGGCCGAUUUGCAUAAGCGCGUCCAGCGCAUCCACCAGCGCUGGCAGUCCAUCCGCGCCGUGUUCCAGACUCGACUGCUCGAAGUUUUGCCUUCACUGACUUCGCCCGAUGCCGGACGAUCGUCACGCUCUUCACUGGAAGCGCGUCUAUUCGAAACCAACGAGCAUUUCCGCUUCCUUCGCGAAUGCUCCGAAUGGGUCCGAACCAAAUUGACGCAGAUGGAGAAAGCCGCGUACGGUAGUGACCUGCCCAGCGUACAAAUCGAACUGGAAUCGCAUUUGAAGGAACAUAAAUCCGUUGAUAAAUUCCAAAGCAACGUCGAGAAAUGCAUAUCGAAUAAGAUAAAAUUUCAAAGCGAAGAGACGGUCAUCUACGUCCACCACGUGAGCAUUCUGCAAAAGUCGUACAACGAGCUGUCGAUGACGAGCAAGAAAAGGCUGGCGGACUUGGAAAUGUUGCAAGAUUUCAUCCAGUCGGCCACCACGGAGCUCAUUUGGCUCAACGAGAAGGAGGAAAUUGAGAUAUCGCGCGACUGGUCCUCCAAGUCGCUUAACGUGACCGAAAUUGAACGAUACUACGAGGCGCUGAUGAGCGAACUGGAGAAGCGCGAAAUCCAAGUGAGCGCCGUCCAGGAUCGCGGCGAAGCUUUGGUGCUGCAACAUCACCCGGCCUCCAAGUGUGUCGAGGCCUACAUGUCGGCGCUGUCGACUCAAUGGAAAUGGCUCUUGCAGCUGACGCUCUGUCUGGAGACGCACCUGCGCCACGCCGCCGUCUACCACAACUUCUUCACCGAAGUCCAAAAAUGUGAACAAUGGUGCAUUAUACAAGACCAGCUGUUGAAUAGCACCUACAGCCAGAGCGAAUUCACGCUGGACGAAGGCGAGAAACUCUUGAAAGAGAUGCAAGACCUGCGCGAAGACUUGAGCCAUUACAGCAGCGUCGUUGAGGCCCUUUACGAGCGUAGUCGGGAAGUCGUCCCUCUCAAACAGAGACGCUCGUCUCUCCGGCAGCCCAUCACCGUCACGUCCAUUUGCAUCUACAAACAAGUCGAAGUCACUAUCGGCAAGGACGAGGUGUGCAAAUUGGUCAAUAACUCGUCAAAGACGAAAUGGAAGGUCGUUACCACCAACGGAGUCGAAUGUCAAGUGCCGAGCGUGUGCCUCUUGAUCCCGCCGCCGGAUCCCGAAGCCACGGAAGCCGCCGAGCGUUUGAAACGCCAGUACGACCGUUGCGAAGCCCUUUGGCUGAAGAAGCAGAUGCGCAUGAGUCAGAACAUGAUCUUCGCCACGAUCAAAGUGGUCAAGAGCUGGGAUUUGUCUCAGUUCAUGGCCAUGGGCAAGGACCAGCGCGAUGCCAUCCGCAAAGCGCUCAACGAGGACGCGGAGAAACUCCUGCAGCAGGGAGACCCGAACGACCCGCAGUUGCGACGCCUCCAGCGCGAAAUCGACGAAGUCAACCAGCUGUUUGAUGAAUUCGAGAGGCGCGCCGCUAUGGGCAACCGGCCCGAGUUGAGCCAACGGGCCAUCGGCGAUCAGUUGACGACCCUGCUCGUCCAAUUGGAAGAGUCGGAGAGGACCCUGACUAGCCGCAUCACGGCUCCUUUGCCCCGAGAUCUCGAUCAACUCGAGCAGCUGGUGGUCGAGCACAAACAUUUCGAGACGAAUUUGCAGUCGCUCCAGCCCGAACUCGAGUCGGCCAAGGAGAACGUGGACGCCUGCCCGAGGAAGACGCCCUCGAUGCAAACAAAGUUGGACUCGUGCAUCACCAAAUGGAACACGAUCUGGCAGAAUUCCCAGCUGUACAUCGAGCGUCUCAAGGGAGCCGAGAUCGUGCUCAACGGCCUGGACGAGGCCACCAAAUUCGUGUCUCGUCUCGAGAUCCAGUUGGCCUCUUGCGAGAACAUGCCGUCCGAGCCGGACGCUCUGCGCAAGGUCCACGACGACCUGGUCGACAUGCAGCAAAACAUCCAGGAGCAGCAAGGCGUCAUCGACCAGCUGGCCGAGGAAGCGGGCACUGUCCGCCAAUUGGUGGUCAGAUCGCGCCAAUCCGUCAACGCCACCAUCCGUAAACACCCGGACGUCGACCGACUGGAAUCCGAAGUCAAGACGAUCGUCACCAGAUGGAGCAACAUUUGCACCCAAGUUGUCGAACGGCUGCAGAGUUGCGAGACGACAUUCGAGCACUUGGAGAGGUACACCGCCAUGACGCAGGUCAAUCACACGUGGAUGGAUGCCAUGAGCGAGACUGUCAGCAAAAUGCCGCCCGUCGAGAACGGCGUGCAGGCCAAAGCCCAGCUGGAGAGCACGGCGAAACUGUACAACGGCGUGGCGGCCAAGAAACCGUCGAUGGACGAGGCCAACAUUCUCGGAGCGCGUCUUAUCCGCGAGGCAAAGAUCUACGACAUCCGACUCAAGAGCUACCGCACGGCUCUGGAAGAAUUCCAGCCCAGCUGGGAUGGAAUUGUGAGACGGGCGAGAGGUCAGGCCACAGCGGCCGAGUACGUGGCUCGCGAUCUGGACGACCUCAACGGCCGCUACGAAGAGCUGGUCGACGCCCUGCAGCGUCGCUUGCAGCAGCUCUACGAUUUGAUCCAGCAGGAUCUGGACGAGUUUGAGUUCGAUGUUGGAUGCCUGGCGGAGAGGCCGGUGCUGCACACGUACCUGAACGAGCUGCACCUGUGCGGCGGCAGCAGCGAUAACGAAAGCCACGACGAAAACGACAUGCCUUCCAUCCCGUACGCGCCGAAGACGUCAAUGUCGUCCAGCCCACCGCGUCGCCCUUCCAUCACGACCGUCUACAUCGACUCUGAGCAGCAGAUGAGCACUCGGGUGUCGUCGACGACGACGACGUUGGUGCGGCGAGACAGUGGAAGCAACGGCCGGACGUCGGCCGACUCGUCCCGACGUCAGUCGCAAACCAUCGUCUCGUCGUGCAUGUCCUCUGGCACUACCACCACCAGCACAACCACCUCUUCCGUGACUCAAAGCUUGUCCAACACUCCUUACUUUGCCAACCGCAAAACGGGCCAGCAGUUGACUCUGACGGAAGCUAUCCAGACGGGCCUGCUGGAUCUGCAGCGCGGCGCUUACAUCGAUCCGGUGACGGGAAAUGUUCUGACGCUGUCGGAGGCGGCCGGUCAAGGACUGGUCGACCCGACGGUCGCAUCCGCACUCCUCCAACCCUCGCUAGGAUUAAGAGACCCCAGAACGGGUCAGGGCAUCUCCCUGAUGCAGGCCAUUCAGCUCGGCCUCUACGACCCGAGCCGCGGCGGGUUCGUCCAUCCGCAGACGCGCGAGCCCGUCACGGCCGAGGAGGCGCUCCUUGCGGGCCUUCUCCUCAGAGACAAGCAAGCCAUGGAGGAAAGGUACAAGCUGUGCGAUGAUGGCAUGGCACGUUUGCUAGUGUGGAUUUCUAACGUUGAAGCUCAGCUGGCCAAUCAAGACACGGUCCGCGAAGAUGUCGCUGAAUUGAAAAAUCAAAUUAAUGUUAUCAGAGGUGUCCGUGAUGAUUUGGAAUCACAUUCCCGUCCGGUUAACGCCUGUCUGGAUCAGGUCCGGCAGAUUGUCAGCCAAGGUGGGGAAUUCCUAUCGGCCGAUGAGAUCCAAACACUCGAAGGCAAAGGUCAAGAGCUGAAGAAACGCUACGACCAUGGAACAGAUCAGACGGAAAAACUUCUCCGCAAGGUCUCGACGGCUCUGGACGAGUUGCACAAAUUCCGCACGGAAAUCACCAACUUCAAGACGUGGAUGGUCAAGUCUAACAAGUUGGCAGAAGACAAAGAACGACAGUUGGCAAACCUCAGCCGAGUUCAAGCCAAUGCUGACACGACUCGCGAAUUCUUCAGCGACGUCAUCGCUCACCAGGCUGAUCUGCGUUUCAUCACCAUGGCAGCCCAAAAGUUUGUCGACGAAUCCAUGGAAUACCUUGCCGUCCUCAACGAUUUCCGCGAUAAACUCCCGCAGCGAAUGAGACACAUCGAGCCGUCUGAGUUGAUGGUCAAGGCCGAAGUGGUUGAAGUUACUCAAGAUUACCAGACGUUGAUGAAGCGAGCCAAUAGAUUGUCGGACAAAAUGACUGAUAUCAAUAGCAAAAACAAAGAUUAUCAGGAAAUCGUAACCAAAGCCAAAGCCUGGCUCAAAGAGGUUGAACCGAAAGCCACGAAAAUUGUUAAUGAACCACUGGGUGCCGAGCCCAAAGCCGUUGAGGAUCAACUUGGACGUGCCAAAGCUCUCAAUAAUGACGUCAUGGCCAAUGAGCGAUUGGUCAAUCAUACCGUCCAGGCAGCAACGAGCCUGUUGACGGCCUUGGAUGGCGAUGUGUCAGAAGUGGAACGCAGCAAUCUCGAAAGUGUCCAAGCUAAUAUUCAGGAUCGCUACAAGAAAUUGCUGAAUGCCUUGGCCGACAAGUGCCAAUUCUUGGACAACGCUCUCGUACAGAGUCAAGAUGUCCAAGAAGCCCUGGAUUCCUUGGCCAACUGGCUCAGCCAGGCUGAGAAUCAGUUCAAGAAUAUGACGAAACCAACCAGUUUGAAUAAGGAUCGUCUAGAUGAACAGCUGAGAGAACAUCGAGUGUUGGUAGCUGACAUUGAUAGCCAUCGUGCUGGCUUUGAGAGCAUCAACGAAGCCGCUGCUGCACUCGUUGCUAAUCCAGAUAAUGCACGUGUGGCUCGCAAGAUUGAAGCCAAAAUGAAAGACAUGAAUUCAAGAUACGAGAAACUCCAAGAUAAGGUUGUCAAACGUGGAUACGUGUUGGAAGAAAUCUACAAGUCGCUGGAUACUUUCAUCAUCUCGGUCACGCAGUUCGAUGAAUGGUACCAACAAGUUUGGGAAAUCCUUGACUCGUCCGAUCAAGACGAAGCCGAGCAGCUUAGCUCUAGGAUUGAAGACAUUUCUCAACAAAAGGAUCAACGCCGAGAGAAUUUUGACAACAUGCUCCAAAUUGGCAGGACAUUAGUCAUCAAGAAAGACCUCGCCGAUACUACCCCAAUUAAAGAAAAAAUCAAAACAUUGGAGAUGCAAUGGAAGGAUUUGUCGACAAUCAUCGAACAAAGCCUCAAGGACGGAAAAGCCCGAACCGAUCAGCUCCACACGUACGAGAAACUCCGCGAUCAAGUGCUUGAGUGGUUGACCAAAAACGAAGGACGAGUGGACGCGCUCGAGCCUGUUGCCGUUGAUGCAGACAUCCUGAAGCGACAGACGGAUGAACUCCGACCAAUCAUGAAAGAGUACCGCGACUACGAGACCACCAUUAGUCGGGUCGCUGAUCUUGGCACAGCUUAUGAAAACAUGUCCCGGCCCGCCGGAGAUACAUCUCGCAAACCGAGCAUCGUCUCGCCUUCGAAACGGUCUUCCAUUACAACUCUGCGCCGCUCUUCGCAAGAUUCACGCCGACCAUCGCAAGAUUUGCGCCGUCAAUCGCAAGACUUGCGCAGUCCGUCACCGAUUAAAGUAGGUAUGGGGGCACCAUUGAGUCCGUUGAUCAACAGCGUCGCUUCCAGUGGCUUCGGUAGCCGAAGAUCAUCCCAAGACUUUUUCGGCAUGGAAGAUUCUUCCAUCGUCCAGAAGCAAAUUGCUGAUAUCUACGAUCGCUACGGCCAGUUAGGCUCGAAGCUUCAUGACCGUAAAGCCGAAUUGGAAUUGAUGACAGAGGAAGCUAAAAAACACGCCGACGUGCUGAAGACGCUGGCUGCCUUCUUGGACAAAGUAGAGCGCCAGUUGCCUCGCGAUUCGGCCGUCCCUCAAACGAGAGACGAUGCCGAGAAGCAGUUGAGAAGUGUCAAAAAUGUUUUGGAAGACAUGUACGAUAAGCAACCACAACUAGACGGCCUUAAGAUCCAGGUUACUGAGCUCCUUCGCAGAAAGAGUGGUGUCCCUGGUGCCGAUGCUCUGCAAGAUCAGCUGAUGACCGUCUCUGGUCGCUGGAAGGAUCUGCAGGAUCGGUGCAAGGCUCGCUCCAAAUUUCUGGAAGACGUCAAAGAUUUCCACGAUACGCAUGAUCAAUUGUCGGCUUGGCUGAUCGCCAAGGAUCGUAUGAUGUCCGUCCUCGGCCCAAUCUCCUCCGACCCGCGUUUGGUCCAUCACCAACUGCAGCAGGUUCAAGUCUUGCGCGAGGAGUUCAAGGUACACGAGCCGCAGGUUCAGCAUUUGGAACGUCUAGCCGAUGUGAUCCUAGAGAUUGCCGAACCCAAUUCCAAUGACGGACGCAAGGUGAACGAUAAGGUCGUUUCGAUUUCAGCCAAAUGGUCGGACUUGAUAGGUCGUCUCGAAGAACGCAAACAAAAUUUGGAUGCAGCGUCCGGCACAAGUCGCCAGUUUUACGCUAAUCUUGGCCAGCUGCAGGAUGCUCUUCAAAAGAUUUCCGAUAAUCUGGAAGAAUUGGCUGUCGAAAAUGUGUACCCCGAAGAGAUACUUAAACAUCUCGAAGAUUUACAAGACCAACUUGAAAGUCAACGGCCUUUGAUUGCUGGACUCGAAACCGUAGGUGAACAAUUAUGCGCCGUACUGAGCGAUGCCUCUUCCAAAGCGGAAGUAGCUCAGAAGUUGAGUCAGAUCGACAAAAUGCACGCUCAACUUCAGAAGAAGCUGGACAAUCGACGUGCGGAACUCGAGAAUUUAUUGAAGGAUAACAGGGAAUUCGAAGAUCAGUGCGGACAGUUACAAGAAUGGCUGGGCGAUUGUGCACGUCUGCUCGUUGAAGCGCUCAAAGUUUCCGCUGAUCGCGAUGUUUUGCGUCGCCAAUUGCAAGAAAACGAGCCGGCCUACAAAGAAGUCAUGGACAAAGAACAUGAAGUCAUCAUGAUGCUGGACAAGGGACAAGAACUGGCGAACCAAUCGCCAAACAAAAACGACGCCAAGGCGUUCAAUAAAUUAUUGGAGAAAAUCAGAGGAGAUUGGAACAAGGUUCGCCUGGAGACUGUCAGUCGUCACCGACGAUUGCAAACGUGCAUGGAACUCUGUCGCAAAUACGACGGUUCACAAGAAAUGUUCCUUCCUUGGCUCGACCAAGCCGAAGCGAAACUCAAUCAAAUGCAACCAGUUGCUUUCAAGAAGAGCGAUUUGGAUGCUCAGGUGAAGGAUCUACAAUCAUUCCGUAAUGAUAUUUCCAGGCACAGCGCCACGUUCGAAACGAACAAAUCGCUCGGCGAGUCUUUCCUAUCGGCCUGUGAUGUUGACAAGGAAGGUGUCAAAAGCGAACUUACCAUCACGAAGGAACGUUGGGAUCAGAUCAACGCCGCUGUCCUGGAACGUUCUCAAUCGUUGGAGGACAUCGCCCAGCGUUUGGCCGAGUUCAUCGAACUGUUGCGUGACUCACAGCACGCCAUGCAACGCUGCGAAGAUCGUCUAUCGUCUCAUGAUGCCUUGGGCCCUGCAGCACGCGAUUCCAGGCUACUUGAUCGCAUCCGAACGCUCUUGGAUGAAGCCGUCCAGCUUGAAAAGGGAGUCGAUCGCGUCCAGCAAUAUGCUUCUGGUCUAGUAGCCGAUGCUGCCAGCCACGAUUCUAAUGCAAGCCAUAUUCAGGAUCAGGCUGAGGAUCUUGCCAGACGCUAUUCUGAACUACGAGCACACCUUGAGGAUCGCUGUAACAUGCUGGAAACGGCCUCUGUUGCCGUUUUACAGUUCAAUGAACAUGUCAAGGCGGUUUUAGGAGAUUUGUCCACUCUCGAAACAGAGUUGGAUUCAAUGUCACCAGCUGGAAGAGACUUGGAUACGUUGAAUAAUCAAUUGGAUCAAACGCAUCACUUCUUGGCUAAGCUUGAAGCUCGCCAGGCUGAAGUUGAAGCAAUUGCAACUGAUGGCCAAAAUCUCGUAUCCGAGGGCCACGCUCCCGACGCCCAAGGUUUGCGCGAUCAGCUCGAAUCGUUACGUAAACAAACUACUCGUUUGGAAGAUCGUGGUAAGAAUCGACUUGACGAACUGGAGAAAACGCUUGUUCGUGUGGAGAGCUUCUACGAUCUGCACAGUAACAUCAUGCAACACAUCGAGGAGGCGUCCAAUGAAGAACGGGCGUUCAAACCCAUCGUCGGUGACGUCGAAUUGGUCCGCCAACAGCAAGAAGAAUUCCGUCGCUUCAAGCAGGAACUCAUUAUUCCGCUGAGCCAAAAUUUGGACGAAGCCAAUCGCAGUGGCCAAGGUUUGGUCCAGUCGGCCGCCAACGGUGUCUCUACCUCGGCUCUUGAAUCCGACUUGGAGAAGAUGAACGACCGCUGGAACAACUUGAAGGAGAAGCUCAACGACCGCGAGCGCAGACUAGACGUGGCCUUCCUCCAGUCUGGAAAGUUCCAAGAAGCUCUCCAGGGCUUGUCCAAAUGGCUUUCCGACACAGAAGAGAUGGUUGCCAACCAGAAACCGCCAUCAGCUGAUUACAAGGUGGUCAAGGCCCAAUUGCAGGAGCAGAAAUUCUUGAAGAAACUUCUGUUGGAUCGUCAGCAGUCCAUGUCUUCCCUGCUCGACAUGGGUCAGGACAUUGCCAACCACGCUCACCCUGAAGAACAAGCGGAAAUUGAGGAGCAGCUCCAAGAGCUGGUGGCUCGAUUUGACGCUCUAACCAACGGCGCCGAUGAUAGAAUGGACGCUCUAGAGAAAGCAAUGGCGGUAGCCAAGGAGUUCCAAGACAAGUUCUCGCCCAUUGCUGACUGGUUAGAAAAGAUGGAACGCAAAAUCAAAGAUAUGGAGAUCGUACCCACUGACGAAGAAAAGAUCCAACAGCGCAUCGAAGAGCACGAUCUGCUGCACGAUGACAUUCUCAGCAAAAAGCCUGCUUUUGAUAGCCUGACUGAUAUUGCUACAAACUUGAUGUCACUGGUCGGAGAAGAAGAGGCUAGCGUGCUCGCAGACCGCCUGACAGAAUUAACUGAUCGAUAUGGUGCCUUGGUAGAGAAUUCAGAGGCCCUAGGACGGCUGCUAAGUGAUGCCAAGACUGGCUUGAGGCAUUUGGUUCUAUCCUACGAAGACUUGUUGGCCUGGAUGGAGAGCAUGGAGUCCAAGUUGUUCAAGUACCGAAUCCUAUCCGUUCACGUUGAGAAAUUACAAGAACAGAUGGAGGAACUGAUGUACCUAACUGAAGAAGUGGCUGGACAUCAACCUCAAGUUGAAUCUGUCGUUGACACGGGCCUGGAACUUAUGCGCCACAUCACCAAUGAAGAAGCUCUGCAACUGAAAGAAAAACUGGAUUCAGUUCAGCGUCGUUACACAGAUUUAACUGGAAGGGCUGAUGAUUUGUUAAAACACGCCCAGGAGACCCUACCGCUCGUUGAGCAGUUCCAUGUAUCGCACAAUCGCCUCGCCAAUUGGUUAUUGGACGCUGAAGAUCGCCUGCAAGCCUUGGAUUCUUCGUCGGCGGCUUCAGGAGGGAGCGCUGGCCUGGACGUCCAGGAAAGCAUCAUCGCUCGUUUGGAAAGCGAAUUGAGUGAGGUCAGACCUUUCUUAGAUAUGGUUAAUCAGAGUGGACCUCAGCUCUGUCAGAGAUGCCCAGGUGAGGGUUCUGCGUACAUCGAGUCGUUGAUAACACGUGACAAUCGCCGGUUCGAUGCCAUUUGCGAACAAAUCCAGCGAAAGGCUGAGCGAUUGCAUCUGUCGAAGCAACGCUCAAUGGAAGUCGUGGGAGAUCUUGAUGAAUUGUUAGACUGGUUCCGUGAAACUGAACAACAACUGCGAGAAUCCGAACCUCCUAGCUCUGAUCCGGAGGUCAUCCGCGUCCAGCUCAAAGAACACAAAGUCAUCGGUGAUGAAAUCUCCACCCAAAAAGGACGCGUUCGCGAUAUUCUAUCAGCAGCGCAAAAAGUGCUUCGUGAAUCGCCUCAAACUGAGGAUUCGGCAUUCAUUAGGGAGAAAAUGGAAGACCUUAAGGAAACAAGAGAUCGCGUCUCGGAAUUGAGUGCUGAUCGAUUGAGCAUCUUAGAACAAGCAUUGCCUCUAGCUGAGCAUUUCUACGAAGCCCAUUCCGAUCUAUCCAACUGGCUAGGCGAAAUUGAGGAAGCUUUGUCAAGUCUGGAUGACCCUGCCAUCCGCCCCGAUCAGAUCGUCCGCCAGCAAGAAGGCAACAAACUUCUCAUGGCCGACGUUGCCGAGCACAAGCCACUCUUUGACAAACUCAACAAGACGGGCACUACCCUUGCCAAGUUGUGCAUCGAAGAAGAGGGCGUCAAGGUUCACGACAUCCUCGAAUCGGACAAUGCCAGGUAUGCUGCUUUGCGAUCGGGCUUGCGUGAGCGCCAACAAGCUCUGGAAGAGGCUUUGCAAGAAACUAGCCAAUUCUCAGACAAACUUGAUGGCAUGCUUGCCGCAUUGGCCACCGCCUUCGAGCAGGUAAAAUCAGCCGAGCCUGUGUCUGCCCAUCCUGACAAAAUCCAGGAACAAAUGCAAGAAAAUCAAUCUGUUGUCGAAGACCUCGAAAAGAGAGAAUCCGCAUUUGAGGCCGUGAAACGAGCUGCUGACGAAGUAAUCGUGAAGAACCCUUCAGAUCCCGCCGUGAAAGACAUAGAAGGCAAACUGAAGAAGUUGUCCAAACUGUGGGACACGGUUGUGGCUGCCACUGGGGAGCGCGGCAAAUCUUUGGAAGAGGCUUUGGCCGUCGCCGAGCGCUUCUGGGAAGAGUUGCAAGCUGUUAUGACUGCGCUCAAAGAGCUGCAAGACACAUUGGUCAGCCAAGAACCACCAGCAGUCGAGCCGGCCAAGAUUCACCAACAACAAGCCACUCUUCAAGACAUCAAAACCGAUAUUGAGCAAACCAAACCUGAGGUGGAGCAUUGCCGCCAAGUCGGUCAAGAGCUCAUCAGCUUGUGUGGCGAACCCGACAAACCGGAAGUCAAGAAACACAUUGAAGAGUUGGAUUCGGCCUGGGAUAAUAUCACUGCCCUUUACGCCAAGCGCGAGGAGAACCUCAUCGACGCUAUGGAGAAGGCCAUGGAAUACCACGACACGCUCAACAGCCUGGCUGAGUUCUUGGAGAAAGCGGAGAACAAGUUCCACGGAAUGCGUCCUCUCGGUUCCGACAUUGAGACGGUCAAAGAACAGAUCGAACAACUCAAAGCAUUCAAAGCCGAGGUUGACCCACAAAUGGUCAAAGUGGAGACACUCAACAGGCAAGCUGGCGAUCUGGCAGAUCGCACCUCUCCCGAUCAAGCUGCUCGUUUGAAGGAACCGUUGGCCAAGGUGAACCGACGCUGGGAAGAUCUCUUGCGCGGAGUUGUCGACAGGCAACGAGAGUUGGAACACGCUCUGCUGCGUCUUGGACAGUUCCAACACGCUCUAAAUGAGCUGUUGGUCUGGAUCCAGCGCACUGACACUACCCUGGAUGAGUUGAAGCCCGUCUUUGGAGAUCCAAAUGUCAUCGAAGUCGAGUUGGCUAAGCUCAAAGUGUUGAUCAAUGACAUCCAAGCCCAUCAAACCAGUGUCGACACGUUGAACGAUGCCGGUCGCCAAUUGGUUGAGAGUGGCAAGGGAUCCGAUGAUGCUAACAAAACCCAGCAACGUUUGGUGCUUCUCAACAAGAAAUGGAGUGAUCUAGUUGAAAAGGCCUCCAGCCGUCAAAAGGAAUUGGAAGAUGCUCUGCGGGAGGCACAGAAAUUCACUGCCGAAAUCCAAGACCUGUUGCUUUGGCUGAACGAAAUUGAUGGCGCCCUCUCCAUGUCGAAGCCAGUGGGUGGUUUACCCGAAACUGCUUCAGAGCAGCUUCAGCGCUUCAUGGAAGUUUAUAACGACCUGGAGCACGACCGACCCCUCGUCGAGAGCUGUUUGCAGCGUGGUGCCGACUACGUGAAACGUUCCACCGAUGGAGCGGCCUCUUCUCUGCAGCAUAAUCUAAGAACAUUGAAGCAGCGAUGGGACAACGUGAUGAAUCGUGCCAACGAUAAGAAAAUCAAGUUGGAGAUUGCUCUCAAGGAGGCCACCGAGUUCCACGAUGCCUUGCAAGCUUUCAUCGACUGGCUGACAAACGCCGAGAAGACAUUGGGUGGGCUCAAACCCGCCUCGCGCGUCAUGGAGACCGUCCUCUCUCAGAUCGAGGAGCACAAAUCCUUCCAGAAGGACAUUGCGGCCCAGCGCGAAGUCAUGCUUAGCUUGGACAAGAAGGGAACACACUUGAAGUACUUCAGCCAAAAACAAGACGUGAUCCUAAUCAAGAAUCUCCUCAUCAGCGUUCAACAUCGCUGGGAGCGUGUUCUUUCCCGAGCCGCUGAACGAACCCGAGCGCUUGAUCACGCCUACAAAGAGGCCAAAGAAUAUCACGAUUCGUGGCAAGAACUCUACUCGUGGUUGGACGACGCUGAGAAGGGAUUCGAUGAUGCCGUGCUGCAACUGGGCAAAGAUCCCGAGAAGAUCAAGCAGCUUUUGGCCAAACACAAGGAGUUCCAACGAACUCUUGGUGCCAAACAGCCGACGUAUGACGGCAUCGUACGUCUUGGCAAACUUGUCAAGGAUCGUGCUCCGAAGACAGAUGAGCCUACCUUGAAGCAAAUGAUGUCUGAUUUGAAAGCCAAAUGGCAAUCUGUUUGCAACAAAUCAGUUGAUCGUCAGAGGAAACUUGAAGAAGGAUUACUCUUUUCUGGACAAUUCAAAGACGCUAUUCAGGCGUUGGUUGACUGGUUGUGCAAAACGAACCCAGCUCAAAUGAUGGAAGGCCCGGUUCAUGGAGACUUGGAUACUGUAAUGGCACUUCGCGAGCAGCACAAGAACUUCGAAGAAGAGCUCAACAGCCGAUUAGCCCAGACUAAACAGGUCCGCAAAAUGGCUGUGGAUGUGAUGGCAAAUGCUAGCGAAGAGGAUAGAGCAGCAAUUCAGAAGCAAGUGUCUGAGUUGGAUGUUACAUGGGAGAACGUGUCCAAAGCCGCAAGCACCAGAUCUGCCAACUUGGAUGAUGCGUUAGUCCAAGCCGAGACUUUGCACAAAGCGGUCAAUAUGCUCUUGGAAUGGCUGUCGGAUGCCGAAAUGAAACUGAGAUUUGCUGGGGCUCUUCCCGACGAAGAACCAGAAACUAAGCAGCAGUUGGCAGACCAUCACAAGUUUUUGGAAGAAGUGAUUAAAAAAGAAACAGACAAAGACGACACUUUGGCAUUGGCUCAAGAUAUUCUCGGCAAGGCUCACCCUGACGCUGUCCCCGUCAUUCGUCACUGGAUUACUAUCAUCCAAGCCCGAUGGGAAGAGGUUAUGGCAUGGGCUAAUCAGCGUGAACAUCGUCUCAAUGAACAUCUGCGCAACUUGCGAGAAAUGGCGUCCAUUCUGGAAGAGCUCCUCGCAUGGCUCGCUACUGCGGAGAGGACUUUGGUUUCAUUGGAAGCCGAACCCCUGCCAGAUGAUCUACCCAUCAUUGAAGGUUUGAUCAAGGAUCACCAAGAGUUUAUGGAAGAUAUGGCCAAACGCCAGCCUGAGGUGGACCGUGUGUGCAAGACCAAGCAAGCGCCUCGAGCAAAUCCACCAGGCAAAGAACGUAAACCGUCUCGCAACAAGUCAACAUCUUCAGUGCCAGACCGCGAAUUCAGCCAGAGCCCUACACGAGAAUCAUCACCCGAGCACGAUACUCCAGCUCGCCGUUCAAGCCGUGUAACACCUGACCGAGAAAAUUCGCUAAUACCCCGUCUAGUCCGUCCCAGCUACAAACCGCAAUCGCGAGAGUCGACUCCUGGACCUCAACAACAAAGUCGAAAACCAAGUCAAGCGACUUCACCGAGUCCAGCACGGGACGGUUCUCCUUCACGUGACUAUCCUAAGCCUUGGAUGUCUGGAGCAAGCCGCAGCAGCCCGGGUCGUGAAAAGACUCCUGAUAACUACUGGCCGCAUAUCGGCCCGCGCUUUGCUCCUGUUACUCCAGCUCCUGGAAACAGUCGCAAAGGAAGCAAAGUGAGCGUAGAAAUGUUGCCACGCAAUCCACGCGCCCGCCAAUUGUGGGACCGCUGGCGUAAUGUAUGGAUGAUGGCAUGGGAUCGCCAACGCCGUCUCCAAGAGAAACUGAACUACUUGCAAGAGCUAGAGAAGGUGAAGAACUUUAGCUGGGACGACUGGAGACGCAGAUUCAUGAAGUACAUGAACCACAAGAAGUCCAGAGUGACUGAUCUGUUCCGCAAAAUGGACAAGAACAAUGAAGGAUUUAUUCCUCGAGAAGAUUUCAUCGAUGGAAUUAUGAAGACCAAGUUCCCCACCAGCCGUAUGGAAAUGAAUGCUGUGGCCAACAUGUUCGAUCGCAACAAUGAAGGCUACAUCGAUUGGAAGGAAUUUUUGGCCGCCUUACGACCCGACUGGGAAGAGCGUCCAACUACUGAAGACGAAAUCAUUCACGAUGAGGUGAAACGAGCGGUUAAUCAAUGCACAUGUCGCAAUCGGUUCAAAGUGCACCAAGUCGGUGAAGGCCAAUAUCGGUUUGGUGACAGCCAAAAGCUUCGCCUUGUCCGUAUUCUGCGUUCGACUGUAAUGGUCCGUGUCGGCGGUGGAUGGGUGGCGCUCGAUGAGUUCCUCGUCAAGAACGACCCCUGCCGUGUUGUUAUCAUACCCCAUAUAAGAGUAAGAACACCCGGCGAGCACGAGUUCUGGUGUCCUUUCUAUCCAAGAGGUAGGACCAACCUCGAGCUCCGCGAGCAGUUUAUCCUGCCCGAAGGUGCUUCGCAGGGAAUGACUCCAUUCAAGACUAAGGCCAUGAGCCCCAACAGCUCCGUCUCCAGCCAACCUGGAACUGGUCAAAUUGCCGUGACGCCCCUCCAUGCACGAUCACCCUCUCUUCCUACCGCCGGGCCCAUCACGAAGGUCCGCGAGAGAACGGUACGCAGUUCACCAAUGCGUCCAUCAUUCUCAGCGGGAACUCCCGACAGCUCUGUUAGCGAGAGCGAUGGUUCUUUCCAUUUGCACAGCGGCCGCAAGGCCUCUGCUCCACCGAGGACCAUGAUGUCUGGAGCUGGAAGCCAUUCUGGCAGCCGCCCCGCUAGCCGCAAUGCUGAUUCUAAACAUGGAUCUAUUCAAUCACUUGACAGUUAUGACGGUGGAUAUGCGCAAAAAACACCUACAGGAAUCCGCCGCACUCCUAGUUUCCAACGACCCGAUUCUUCAUCUCGCAAUCAACCAGGCUCGUCGAGCACAUUGCCUCGCAAGAGAUCGACAAUUCCAUCACCGGUGGAAACUCGUGCCCGUCAUCCAAGUGGAUCAAGCGCAUCUGGUGUUUCGCCCAGUCCAUCUGGGGGUUUCAAUGGAGGUGGCAUUAGCGCGGCCAGCCGAUCAAGGAUUUUACGCACUACGUCCGCCUCGAAUAUCCCUGUAUUAACGUCAACACCGUCUAGAUCGAGGAUUCCUGUAUAUGUUGGAGUUGACAGUGAAGAUGGGAAUAGAGCCCGCCCUUCGAUCACGGCUAGUCAUCGACCCUCGCUAUCUUCUAGCCGGCCAGUGUCUCGGACCCCUUCUACGUCCAACAUUCCUGUAUUAACAACUCCCUCACAAAGGGGACGCACGGCCUCUGGAUCCAGUGGCACUGGCACUCCCGGCACACCCGGAAUGAUGAGGCGUGAAGGAACCUCUGACUCAAUGACUGGCAUUGCGCGCAAAACAACUAGCACUGGCAUCCGGAAACCUUCCGGCACUCCGCUAUCUCGACCCAGCCCCAAGUAAAAUUUAGGAUGAAUGCCAAGAUCCGUCCAGUGGUAAAAUCCAACAUGUCGGGGAAAUUUCAGUUGAAUUCCAGCUCAUAAUUUGAAAUACUUGGGUUUUU